AUGUCUUUUGGCAACAACACAAAAACGGGCUUCUCCGUGCGGGACAUCCUAGAUCUCCCAGACGCCACCGGAAGAUGCGGCUCCGGGACAGAGGAGACCGAGGAGGACGACACCGAGGAGGCCUCGGCGGAAGUUUCAGGGACGGAAAACAUGCAGAAAUUGGAAUUUAGCGGCCGGAGUUUGUGCGGGCGCGGCGGUGGGAGCUACAGCAGGUGGAGCCGCGGAUCCGGUAACCUGCACUUCUCAUUACACGGUAUUUCCUUAGAGUCUCGAAUCGAGCCCAAAUCUCCCGAGCUCUCCACGGAUGAGUCCCCGGACGCGGAGCGGGAUCCUGCGGGCGGCGUGGCGCAGAGGAGCCGCGGCCGGAAGCGGCGGGUUCUCUUCUCCAAAGCGCAGACCUUCGAGCUGGAGCGUCGCUUCCGGCAGCAGCGCUACCUGUCCGCGCCGGAGCGAGAGCACCUGGCCGGGCUGAUCCGCCUCACCCCGAACCAGGUCAAGAUCUGGUUCCAGAACCACCGAUACAAGAUGAAGCGCUCCGAGCACAGCCUGCACGCGCUGCCGCUGCUGCCCGCGCGCCGGGUCGCCAUCCCGCUCCUGGUGCGGGACGGGAAGCCGUGCGACCGGAUCACGGCGCAAGACCUGGAGGCGACCCUCAGGUCCGGCCUGAGCCUGCCUCUGUGUGCCUACUCCCCGCUGCUGCACCCCGCGUACGGCCCGGAGCACCCCGGCCUGCCGCAGCAGCACCCAGGGGUGCAGCAGCUGGCGCACAUGUACCACUGGAGCUGGUGA